AUGACUACAACUCGGACUUUUGACGAGGAAAAUCUAUCCUCUGAGAAGGAGGCUGUUAUGCAUCUUGAGCAUCAGCCUCACGGCCUAUCUUCUGCUGAUGAAGAAUUCCUCGCCAAUUUCUCUGAUGAGGCUAAGGCCCAAGUCCUGAAAAAGGUCGAUUGGCGGUUGAUUCCGAUGCUCGUUCUACUAUAUCUCAUUGCAUACAUUGAUAAAACUAAUAUUGGCAAUGCUAAGAUAGAAGGACUUCUUCCCGACUUGGGGAUGAAUGGCAAUCAAUACAACAUUGCCUUGUCUGUCUUCUUCAUUCCUUAUGUGCUGGCAGAGGUUCCUAGUAACAUAAUCCUUAACCACUUCAAACGACCGUCUGUCUAUCUGGGAUCUCUGAUCUUGGUUUGGGGCAUAAUCAUGACCUGUACGGGGUUUGUUCAGAACUUUGGCUCUCUUGUUGGCAUCCGAUUCCUCCUUGGCCUAUUCGAGGCAGGGUUUCUUCCGGGCGCCGUGUUGAUCAUUUCCAAGUGGUAUCUUCCCAGCGAAACCCAGACCCGCAUCGCUAUUUUAUACACAUCGGCUGCUUCGGGUGGAGCAUUCUCCGGUCUUCUCGCUUUUGUAAUUGCCAAGAUGGAUGGUACUGCUGGCUACGAAGGCUGGCGAUGGAUAUUCAUUAUUGAAGGUCUUGCUACCAUCUGUCUGGCUUUCCUUACUUUCUUCUUGCUUGUUGACUCUCCUCAAAGGUCCUCGGGCUGGCUAGCACCCGAUGAGAUUCGGUUUCUGGAAGUCCGGCAACUUGCAAACAGCACUCAAGGAAGCCAGAAAAAAGGAGUCGCAUGGGGAGCGUUGAUCAGCGUUCUGACGGAUUGGAAGAUUUACCUACUAAUCCUCGCCAACUGGUCCAACGCCGUACCCAAUUACGCCCUCAAGUUCACCAUGCCCCAGAUCAUCCAAAGCAUGGGGUUCACAUCCGCCAAAGCACAGCUACUAACCAUUCCACCGUACGCCGUGGGCGCCUUCUCGGCGUAUCUUUUCUCGGUUUUUGCCGAUCGUUAUACGUGGCGCAUGCCUUUCAUCAUUAUCCCCCAGCUAUUGCAGGUCGUCGCAUUCAGCAUCUUAUUCACCAAGGCAGCCGCCAUAAGUGACAAUAUAGCAUUGUGCUAUUUUGGGGUCUGCCUGGCCUGCUUUGGCAUGUAUCCCAUUCUACCGGGCGUGAACGUCUGGAACGUGUCCAAUCUUCCCAACCCCACGAAGCGAGCGAUUGGCAUCGGCUACCUUGUCUGUAUGGGUAAUGCGGGAGGCAUUAUCGGCAGCUUUAUCUAUCAGGAGAAGGAGGCACCCCGUUAUCCCACCGGCUACGGUAACUCCUUUGCCUUCGCGUCGGCGGGUUUGGUCGCAUGUCUAGUACUCGAGUUCUGCCUCUAUACGCUAAAUCGAAAGAAGACCCAGCUCAGCGAAGUUGAGAUCCGGGAACGAUACACGGAUGAGGAGUUGAACGAAAUGGGAGAAAAAAGUCCCCUGUUCAAAUAUACACUUUGA